CGUGAUGUCCACCGCUCUUCCUGUGUCCGUUCUUCAUUAUUUUCUUUUUAAAAAUGUUUUUCUCGCUCGCUCGUUGAUGAACUCACAUUUCUGAGGGUUUUAGGAAGUGCCGGAAUUUGGUGUGGAUAAUGUUACGACUCGGUCCAUCGCUUAAUACUGUGUAAGGAGGAAGAACAGCAGGCUGUUAUCAGAUGGUCCCGUGUUUAUGAAGUUGUCAGUCCACGACCUGCCAGUCUCUGAAGCGACUAAAUGAUAAACAACUUUGGUCUGUGUUAACGAUUUAAUAUUGAUAUUAAAUUGAUAUCAGUGCCAAUAAAUAAAACCAGAUGACUGAGGUGAGCUGAUAGUCAUGGAGAGUCCACAUCUACCUACUGAGAUAAUUUCCUACAUAUUGAGUUUCCUCCAUGUAACGGAUCGAAAGGAGGUGUCACUGGUCUGUAAGAGUUGGUACGAUGCAUGCCAGGACCACCAGUUUCAGAAAAAUGUCACCUUCAAGUUCCCUGUUUCCACAUCUUCACUGGGCUUUAUCUGUGCACUUGCAAGACGCCCUCGCUGUGGCUUAGUCAUCAGUCAUCUUGAUGGAUCCAGCCUGUCAAGACAAGUACUGAUGGAGGUGGGGCUUCACCUCGGCCCUCGCUUGGAUAGUUUGUCUCUUCCUGGCAGCAGCAUCACCGAGGCCUCGCUUCUGGGUCUUCUACCGCAUCUGACCGGCCUCCGAAAGCUGGACCUCCAGGGGCUGGACAGCCUCUUUAUGUCUGGAGCUUUUUUGUCUAGAGAGGAGCACCGUCGACAGGUCCAGAACGCUUUGAGAAACCUGGAGGAACUGGACCUGUCUGAUCUACGCUACCUCUCAGACCUCUCUUUCAACCGCCUGACGAGUUGCACGCCCAGGUUAUGCCAUCUCUCUCUGGCUGGAUGUCACAUCGCUUUCGAGUUCGACCCAUACCGAGGUUGCCCGGUCGGGUUUGGCUCCUCCGCUCUAGUUUCUCUCCGUAACCUCUUGAGUCUUUUGCAGAGGCAGGCCUCCACGCUCCACAGCCUGGAUUUGAGUCGCACCAGCAUCACUCCAGAGUCCCUCCGCUCCAUAGCUCAGGUACCCGGCCUGCGUCUGGAGGCACUGAGUCUACGCGGCUGUAAAGAGCUGACGGACUACUCCAUGGAAAUCCUCUGCAAGCACCAGAACGGUCUGAGGACGCUGGACCUCAGCGCGUGUACUGAGUUAACCAGUAGGACGGUGUUGGCUGUGGCCACUGAGCUAAAGGAGCUGCAGUCGCUGUCUCUCUCACAGGACUGGAAGAUUACGGAUAAAGGCCUGGCUGAGCUGAUGACGCUGCCCUGCUUGAGGAGUCUGGAUCUGUCGGAGUGUUUGCAUGUCAGCGGUGCAGACCUGGUGAAGGGAUUGUCCUCUCCACAGCCCAGGGCGCAGCUGGAGACCCUCAGCCUGAGAAGCUGCACUUACAUAAGGGAUGCAGUCAUGUUCUCCCUGACGCAGCAGCUUGGUCGUAACCUGAGAGAGCUGGACCUCACAUCCUGCGUCUACCUCACUGACCUGAGUGUUCGCGCUAUCGCGACAUACCUGCCUGCGCUGGUGGUGCUGCGGCUCGGCUGGUGCAAAGAGAUCUCCGACUGGGGGCUGCUGGGGAUGGUGGAGCCCACCAAAGAUUGUGAACCAAAAGACAAAGAGGAGGAUAAAGGCCCAAGCUUUACUAGGACAUUUGGAAACAUGGGCUUUUUCCAGCCUCCCAGUCUGCCCUUCCAGGAGAAGCCACGUCUCGUGACUGAGGAGGACCUCGGAGCCUUUAGAGAUCAAGAGGGAGCAUCGCUUUUGGCCCUCAGAGGUCUUCAGGAACUGGACCUGUCGGCCUGCUCCAAGUUAACCGACACCAGUAUCACACAGGUACUCCGUUUCCCAGACCUGCAGCGUCUCUCGCUUUCUAUGCUGCCUGAGAUCAGCGACGACAGCUUGGAAUCAGUCGCCCUUCACUGCCGCAGCCUCACCAGCCUGGCGCUCAGCCACUGUCCCCAGAUCAGCGACCAAGGCAUGGCGCGUGCCCUUCCGCUCCUCCACAGACUGCAGCAUCUGUUCCUGGCGUGCUGCGACGCGGUUACUAACGAAACUCUUUCUAUAAUUGCGCUGCACUGCGACAGACUCCGGACCCUCGAUGUGUCCAUGUGUAAGGACAUAACAGUGCACCAGGUGGACCUCCUCCAGUCCCGGCUGCCCUUCCUCGAGAAAGUCCAGUGUCGCUUUGCCAACGGUGCAGAUUUUACUAUGGUACUUUGAAUCUGUAAUAGAGUGUGUUAGUGCCUGUCCACUUUUUAUGCAGCGUUGCUUCCGGGAGUAAUUUUUCUGUUCAUUGCUUCCAUAGGCAUUUAAAAAAAAAAAAGUCAUUGUUAAAGUCUGUGUAAAGCAAUAUUAAUAGUGCUGUCAAAUUGAUUAAUCGCGAUUAAUCGCAUUCAAAAUUAAAGUUUUUGUUUACAUAAUAUAUGUGUGCUGUAUAUAUUUAUGUGAGAAUAGAAAUACACACACAUAAAUGGUUACACUUAAGAAAUACAUAUAAUAUAUAUUUAUAUAUAAUAGAAAUGUGUAAAUAUGAAUAUAUUAUAUAUAUAUUUACAUGAAAAUAUUUGUUAAAUGUAAACAUGUACGUUUGUGUAUUUAUAUAUACAUAGCAUUAUACACAGUGCACACACAUAUAUUAUGUAAACAAAAACUUUUAUUUUGGAUGCAAUUAUUCGUGAUUAAUCAAUUUGACAGCACUAAAUAUUAAAUAUGUGUUCUGAGUUUGUCACACCACAGAAAAAUGUAUUAUUAACCACUGAUGCUAAUGCGCUAGUGUUAUAGUGUACAAUUCAGAACCUCAUAGUUUACAGUCUUUAUAACAUGUUUUCAGGAAUACAUUUCUAACAUUUACAGUUGAGGUCAAAAGUUUUUAUACACCUUGCAGAAUCUGCAAAAUGUUAAUUAUUUUACCAAAAUAAGAGGGAUCAUAAAAAUCCAUGCUAUUUUUUUAUUUAGUACUGAUCAAAAGUUUACAUACACUUGAUUCUUAAUACUGUAUUGUUACCUGAAUGAUCCACAGCUGUCUUUUUUCGUUUAGUGAUGUGUUUACGAGUCCCUUGUUUGUACUGAACAGUUAAACUGCUGCUGUUCUUCAGAAAAAAUCCUUCAGGUCCCACAAUUCUUUGGUUUUUCAGCAUUUUUGUGUAUUUGAACCCUUUCUAACAAUUACUGUAUGAUUUUGAGGUCCAUCUUUUCACACUGAGGACAACUCAUACAGUCAUUGUUGGAAAGGGUUCAAAUACACAAAAAUGCUGAAAAACCAAAAAGGUUGUGGGAGUUUUUUUGGAAAGAAAAAAAGAGUUUAACUGUUUAGGACAAACAAGGGAUCCAUGAACAACUAUCACUAAACAAAAAAAGAAAAAAACAGUUGUGGAUCAUUCAGGUAACAACACAGUAUUAAGAAUCAAGUGUACGUAAACUUUUGAACAGGGUCAUUUUAAUAAAUUCAAUUAUUAUUUUCUCAUGUGGACUAUUUGUAAACAUCUUUUAUGUGAAAUAUCUUAUUCAGGUCAGUACUAAAUAAAAACAACAUGCAUUUUGAUCCCUCUUAUUUUGGUAAAAUUAACAUUUUGUAGGUUCUGCAAGGUUUAUGUAAACUUUUGACCUCAACUGUAUGUUUUUCUUUAAAUUGCUUUACAUGGACAGUAGAAUCCAUGAACAAAACCAUCCAAAGUAAAACAGUAUUUGAAAAGUGGACAAAGUACAAGACUUGACCGCAGGAAUGAACUAUUAUCCCAUGAAGAAUUGCGAAUGACAAUGUAAUUAAAAACAAUGGGGAAAUAUAAAACUAUUCAUUUAAAGGUUGAUUAUAUCUACAGAAAUAAUAUGUUUAAAGUUUUCUUACAAAAAAAGGUUCCCUGCGGAGCUCUUUUGGUGUUAUUUGACUCGGAUUGGUGGAAUCUUCUGCACAGCAUCAUGGGUAAUGUAGUUUUUCCACCACAUUCCGCUGUUAAAUGUUUAUUUUAAAAAUAAGUUGAAAUAAUGUAAACUUAAGUCUUUGAUUUUAAAAUCAAUUUCGUUAUGGAGAAAAUGAACAGAGUUUUACUUCUGGAAACGGACUUGUACAGUGAAUAUGAAUCAUAUGAAAAUAUAUUUAAAGCACUUUUAACUCAGGUACGAAAGAGUAAUCAACUUCUCAAUGCUGAUUUUUUUGUAUAGGAUCAUAGUUGUACUGUUAAUGUGAUGAAUCACUACUUCUGAUUGAAACUGACACCGUGUCUACACUGGAAGCGAGUGGUGCGGCGCAACAACAAAAUACAGUAGAACCUAUUAUAAUCAAUGAUGCUGUCUACACUGGAUGUGGAGCAGCGUGGCGUGACAAACAAAUCCCUGACAGUAAACUGAUGCCUCGUUCUAUUUAUGACAUACUGACACAAAGUUCAAAUGAUUUACAACCCUCGCUUGUCGCAGCCAGUGUAGACAGACUUUAGUUGUUGCAUCCGGUGUAGACGGUCUGAAGGUCCAAACAUUUCAAAUUGUCCUAGUAGUACUGUACACAUGAUCUGCUAUUGAUUAGUAGAUAUAAAACUCUACUUCCAGUCAGUAUAUGUCAGUAAUUAUUUUAUAAGAAUUAUUUUCUUUUUUGUCUGUCAUUAAAUUAUUUGAUCCUGC